AUGGCUCGGCUAUUCUCCACCGCGCUGCUGGCGCUUGGCCUCGUCGGCGGCAUGGCGGCCGCGCAGGGCUCGCAGCCGGAUGCGCUCAAGCAGCUGGAGAACAAGGGGAUGCCGCAGCUCAUGGCGCAGCUGGCCAAGUCCAAGACGUGCAGCAACGCGACGAUGCGCAUCCGCAAGGAGUGGGGCGAUUUGCCAGGUGCAGAGCGCAAAGAGUACAUUGCUGCGGUGCUUUGCCUGUCCCAGCGUCCGUCUCACUACUCGCCUUCAGUGUGCCCAGGCUGCAAAUCCCGAUACGACGACUUUGUUGCCGUCCACAUGGAGUUUACUCCCACCAUCCACGGCACAGGCAACUUUUUGUCGUGGCACAGGCACUACACGUAUGCUUUCGAGUCGGCCCUGAUCAAAGAGUGCGGCUACACCGGCGCGCAGCCGUACUGGGACUAUGGGCGCUGGGCCCAGGACCCCCUGAACAGCCCGAUCUUUGACGGCAGCGACACGAGCAUGUCUGGCAACGGCGAAAAGAUCCCCCACAGGUCCACGCUAUCCCCAGCCGGAGAAGGCGGAGGCUGCUUGGUGUCGGGUCCAUUUAAGAACAUGACCGUCUAUCUGGGCCCACUCGCGGCAACGGCGGAUCCCAGGCCAAAGGCCAACCCGCAGGCCAACGGCCUCGGAUCGAACCCGCGCUGCAUCCAGCGCGACGUCACCAACUACCUGUCGUCGCGGUACGGGCGGACGCAGGACAUUGUGAACCUCAUCACGCGCAACAGCGCCAUCGGGCCGUUCCAGACGGCCAUGCAGUCGACCACCGGCUCGGCGAUCGGCAUCCACGGCGUCGGGCACUUUGUGCACGGCAGCCAGGACCCGGGGGGAGAUUUCUACAUAAGCCCGAACGAUCCGGUGUUUUGGCUGCACCACUCCAUGAUUGACAGGGUCUGGACGAUCUGGCAGUCGCAAGACCUGGCGAAUCGCCUCAUGGUCAUCGCCGGCGGCACCUCAAUGUUUGGAAUCGGCUCACGCUUGCAAUCGCUGGAUGAUUUGAUUGAUCUAGGCAACGUGGAGCCCACGGCCAAGAAGUGGAAGAUUCGGGAGCUUGUUAGCAUUGUUGACGGACCGCUUUGCUACAUGUAUCAGUGA